AUGACGACCUCCAUAGCCUCGCAAUUAGAAGCUAUAAGGUCUUUUGUGAAAAGUGACUCCCAACCUCUUAAAAGACCUUUCACUCGUCCUUCGAUACUGUUCGAACCCAAAGAAGCCGCCGAUAUCGAUAUUGAAACCCUUUUCUCCAUUGCUCUUGAAGGAUUAGAGGUUCUUAUUGGCAAGGAUGAGCGGUUCAGAAACUAUAAGAACGAUUUGUUUAGCCAAAGGAGUAAGGAGCUGGAUAGAGAGUUGAUGGGAAUAGAACAGAACCAUCAACUUAAUGUCUCCAUUUCUGCGUAUUUAAAACUGCUUUCUGGAUAUUUUCUUCUUCGGCCUGCUCUUAAAACUCUUGAGUACUUGAUACGCAGAUACAAGAUUCAUGUGUACAACAAUGAGGAUUUGAUCUUGUGUUCUUUGCCGUACCACGAUACACAUCCUUUUAUCCGAAUAACACAAAUACUUGAGACAAGGAAUACUAAAUGGGGGUUUCUUGAUGGUGUGAAGGCCUCUGGUGCACCACCACCUAGGAUGGUCAUAGUGCAGCAAUGUAUCCGUGAUAAGGGCAUAUUAGAUACUCUAUGCAACUAUGCAUCUCCAUCUAAAAGGUCUCAACCUUCAAGGCAUGUAAUUGGCUUUUGUACUGCUGUUUUUGUUGAGGUUUUGGGUACUGUUGUUACUGUAAAAGAUGAUAUUGUAAAGAGGAUACUUCCUUUUGUGGUCUCUGGUCUUCAGCCUGGCAUUAAUGGAGUUUCAGAUCACAAGGCUGGUUCUUUGAUGAUUAUUGGUUUGCUUGGAAACAAAGCUGCAUUAUCUCCCAAGCUUUUGAAUAGUUUGAUACGUUCAGUUGCUGAGGUUGCUCGUGGGGAGGCUAUAGAGUUGACAGAUCUCUAUUGGUUUCGAUUGUCUCUGAUUACCUUAAUCAAUCUUGUUCAGUCUCAAAAUGUUGAAGUACUCCCAACAAAGGCUGUGGAUAUUUUAAAGGAAAUAAGGGACUUGCCAGGGGUUUUAUUAGAAUUAUCUAAGGAGUUCAAUAUUGAAAAGUUUCUUCGGGUGCUUUUGGACUCCCUGAUUGACUGCAGUUCUGACGAAUACUGUCAGCAGACUUUGCUAUCCUUGAUAGAAAAAGUCCCCAUUGACAGUUUUGUUUAUCAUGUGGUCACAAAGAUUCUCUCAACUUGUGUGAAAUUAGCACAAAAAGUUGGUGAUUCAACUUCUUCCAUGUCAGAUGGAAAUUCAGAUUCAUCAUUUGAUAUCUCGGACUCAAAAUUUUGGUUUGGCUUGUAUCAUCCAAAGGCUGAUGUUCGUCGUGCUACACUGCUUGAGUUAGAUAAGUCUGUUAACUUGGAAACCAAAUUGGUUGGUUCAGAGUUCAAUGGUCUGGAGAAUCUUAUAAACAUCGAAGAGGCCAUAUUGGGAUUGCUAGAUGAUAAAGAUUUAACCGUUGUUCAAGCUGCUUUAUGUGUUGCUGGCUUGCCAAAUGUAGUAGAUUCUUCAAAGCUUCUUUGUGCACUACAGAAUGUGCUAAGAAGAUGCACUGACAAGCUUCUGUCAGUCGAUUAUGGAAUUGAUUUGUUUGUUGAGCUCAUUCUUUUCCAUUUCUUUGUUGAAGGGUGUCUGGUUGCCCAUUUUGAUUUUUAUUUCUAUCAAAGUUCAGCAGAUAACGAUAACCUAAGUGUUGAAGUUGCUGUCAGUUGUGUAAAGAAUGCUAUCUCCUACUUCAAUGAUCAUACUGAUUACUUGAAGAACAUUGCUUCUAUGAUUUUUCCGAUACUCAUUGUUCUACCACAGUGGGAAACUUCAGCAACUGCUGAUCUCGUAUUGGAUGAGUUCAAUUCUGAAAUGUUAAAGUGGGAGUGCAAGGAAUUCUUAAAACAUCUUUUGUAUGCCAAUCUAAGACCAGUAAAUGUGAAGGUUAUGAUUUGCAUAUUGUGGAGGCUGCAAGAACUACUAUUAUCAGUAGCACCUUCUGACAUUCUGCUGUGUCUUGAUGAUCAGUGCAUCAGCAAGAUAAGGGACAUGUUUGUCUUUUUUGCCUCCUCAAAAUUGAAGAAUGCAUUCCGUGUUCCUGGUGCAGUCCAGGUUGAAAGUCUUCAGUGUUAUGCAUAUCUUUGUAGCCUGCAACCAGAUAGCUGGAUAACUGGACUUUUAGCUGAGUUUCCUUCUAUUCUUGUUCCUCUAGCUUGUGAUAAUCAGAAUACAAGAGUUGCUGCCAUGAACUGUAUUGAUUCAUUGUAUACAUUGUGGUGUCAUUUUGAGCAUUCUGGCAAGAAAAAUGGGAAGAAUGCAUCGUGGCUCCAUUUUGUGGGUGAGCUUCUGUCAUUGAUGAUUCAGAUGAAGACAUUCAUAUUGUCCGACAAGAAAUUUCUUCCUUCAUUGUUUGCAUCGACUUUGAGCACAUCCUUUCCAAACAUCUCGGAGCCUCAAAACAUUUUGGUACCUCAAAAUGUAGACAAAAGGUUCGAUGAGAGUACAAAAACAAGAAUUCUUGGCUUCAUUUUGGGUUCCACUCUGAAACUCUCUAACUAUGGAAAGCUAAUGAUUUUAUCCUUGUUCAAAGGAAUUGGGUAUACCCUUAUGCAUGUUCCAGAAGUUGAUUCGUUUCUGUUCAAUUUUCUGAAUCAAUACUUUGAAGAACUCAGUAAGUCUUGUCCAAAAUUGUCUGACAAUGAAACUCAGAUAGCAUGCCUUUUGCUGGAGAGCUGUGUUAUGUCAUCUCCCUCUGGUGGAAAUCAUCUUCAACAUCUUUUACUGAAAGCUUUGCAGUUUGGUGGCUUGACUUCUGAUGACCCUGCCUCUGUUAAGCCUUGUAUCACUGUUUUGAACAAACUCAACAGUAAAUUCUUUAUGGAGUUAGAGAAUAAAGUGAAGGAGAAUGUAUUUUGUGAGCUUGUGUUUCUGUGGCGUAAUGGUAAUGGGGAUGUACAAUGUGCAACUAAAGAGGCAUUAAUGCGCAUAGAUAUUAGUAUCUCAACUGUUGGCCACAUGCUUGAUCUCAUACUUGCACAGAAACGUUUUAUACUUAGUUCUUUAGAUGAAAAUACGGUGAAGAAACAAAAAUUGGUAGGACAUCUAGAAGCUGAAUAUCCGUCUAAUGAAAUAUGCACAAGAGAUGAUCCAUUCUGCAUCCUUAGUUCCCUUCUUGAUGUUUUGCUACUGAAGAAGGACAUAACAAACAGGUGA